AAGUUUCCACCCGCAAUGAAGGCUAUAAAAACGCAGAUCCCGAGCCAGAGCUCUCGCCACUGCGCAAUCCGAGCCGUUUCAACCAACAUGAUGACACUGCGUUACAAGCCGGAGGAGGAGAACCGGAACCAGAGCGAGAUUCCGGAGGAGGUCCGGCGGAGCAUGCUGUCCGUAUCGUCGAAGGAGAAGAAGGCGUGUACGGAGGACCGGGAUGAGGACAGCGCGGGAUCGUCGGAAGAGAUGGAGUCGCCGAGGUCGGUGGGGCGAUGGCGGAGGGGGAAGACGAAGAAGACGGGGUGCGUGCUGCACAGCCAGAUCUUGAGGAUCAGAGAGGAGGACUCGCAUCUCGGCGAGAGUACGGCUCUGAUCGGUGCUGCCGCUGCAUCUGGAAAAGAUUAUCACGGCAUUGACGUCGUUCUAUUCGCCCGGCCAAUCUUGCCUUCCUCGCCUCUCAAGAACACAAUCAACGGUUAAUCUGCACUAAUAACUUUGCUAAUGAUGUUCAGGAAGAAGAACAGGUAGCUUUCAUUGUUCAAAAAAAACAAAAAAAAGAACAGGUAGCUUUCAGGUCAAGAGCAGCAAUGAAAAAUUCCGGGAAGACAAAUGAAGCGUUAGAAUUAAUUUCCAUCUUUGUAUUUUUUGUUUUCUUCUAGGAUAAAAUUGUAAUCGAUUGAUCUGCAAACGUUGCUGUACAGUUAAACAAAAAUCACAUCUCCGCUUUCCCGGGAGCUGCUUAUGAAGGGCCAAAAGCGAUUUCAGACAAUUAAAAGUGAUUCCGACUAUAGUUGUAUUGUAGAGGAAACACUUUGAAAAGCAUUUGGACUUUAAUUA